AUGUUGGGUUUAUCGAAAUUAGCUCAGCCUAUGGCCAAGCAAUCCCUUCAAGUAAUGUCCAAGAGAACAAAUAUUACUGUUAACGGUCCACCUCAAGUCAGAAUGCCAAAAUGGCAACAAUUGCUUAUUGGAGGUUCUGCAUCUGGAUCAAUCUUGAUCAUACCUAUAUGGGUACUGUAUGACUUAAAGAGUCUUCCACGAGCAUAA